AUGGAGUUCGUAUCUAAUAUUCUAUAUUUAUUUCAGGAUCGCCAAAUAAUUUUAACUUCUUUACUGUAUAUAUUUGAUAGCACAUUAUGCUCCCGAGUCAUAGAUGGUUUAAGUCAAAAGAGUGUUUACGUAGCGGAAUACUGCCCAAAGAUGCAGUACUGCAAAGAAGGAACGCACGUUAUGUGUAUGUACUAUGACAAAAACAGGGAAAUGGGGCCACAUUGCCUCAACUUCCAGAACAUAACCAUUACGCCAGUGCUAGCCACAAAAUUACUAGAAAUAUCUAAUGCAAUAAGAAGCAAAGUAGCCCUAGGCAGGGAAAAAGGAAAAGGCGGCGCCCCUUUACCGAGGGCCUACGGAAUGAUAAGAUUGCAAUGGGACGAAGAAUUGGCAACGUUCGCUCAAGUGUUGGCAAAUCAAUGUGUUUUAAAACAUGAUAUGUGCAGAGCUACAAAAACCUUUCCUGAUCCCGGACAAACCGCCAGUAUAGUGCGGUAUACUUUUCCUGAUUGGAAGACAAAUAGCUUACCCAAAGACGAGGGAAACGGACCAGGUCUCAACCAAGCCAAGUUGGUAUACGCAAUCACAAAGAGCGCCAAGACUUGGUACAUGCAAAAAGCAGUGGUUACACCUGAAAUGAUCACUAAAUACCCAGAUUGGUUGCAAAAUCCAACAAAUAAAGCCGGAAAACUAUAUUUGGAAAUGAUCACCGCCCACGCGACUCACAUGGGUUGCGGAAUGUCAGCAUACUCGGAAUACACCUACACAACAAACAACGCUGCUAUGCACUAUAAUACCGUCCAAAUAGUUUGCAACUUUUCGGCUCGCCCACGUUCGGGAGGUUUGGUAUACAACACAGAGGCGCCAAGUAUCACAUCCCCUGGCUCUCAGUGUGGAUGCCCCGCCGGGUACGAUGAAGACGAAGACUGUCUCUGUAAUGAAAACCCUAAUUAUACACCAGCUCCCAAACAGAAACUACGAUCGUGCAGUGGUAGAAACUGCGCUCCACCAAUUGUUUUAUUGCCAAUAGUUGCAAUGGAAGACGCGCCGCCUACUAAAUUAAUAGCAAAAAGAUUCAAUAAUGAGACCCUAGAUCAGUCGGACAUUUUAGAAAUUUUCAACAACGAUAAAACUGAGAUAAAUUCCGCCGUAAAAGAGGCUUACUCACGUAACGACUUUGAAGAGAUGCUACGUGAGGCUCGCAAUAAUUUGCAACAAGCAAGAUCGCAAACAAACAACGAACAUUCAUGGAAUAUGCAAAAUGUAUACGUUCCGAAGAAACCUUUAAUACCGGGAAUUGGACAUCAGGCACAAUCUAUUCAUAGAGGCCUUGAUCACGUUCGACCGAGCGCGAAUCAAAUUUCAAGAAAAAGCUUAUUUUCAAAGGUUCAGAAAUUUGAAUUACCCAUAAAAACACAAAUUAAAAAGGAUGUACUACCGAGAAAAGAUUUUUCAAAAGUACAAAACCUUGUGAAAACGUAUAUGAAUACAAAAAGAAAUUCCGAUAAUAUACUACUACAUAACGACCUAAAGAUCAAUAACCGUGUUAAUAAUAUACAAUCUCUGAAUUUAAAUGAUAUGAAAGCAAGACUUAACACAGCUGGUACAGAAAAACUAAUUCCACGGAACUAUCAAAUAUUUAAAAAUAAACUCCAUGACGAUAUCGUCGUUGACAACAAUUCCAUCUCUAAUUUAUAUGGAAAAACAUCCAAUGAAGACACUGAUAAGAAACUUAUGUAUUUACUAAACAAUUUAGAACAAGAAGUCAAUCAUAUUAACCUGAAUCAAACUGAAAAAGAAAUUUUGGAUGACAAAUUGAGAAAAAUUUACGGACGCAUAAGCAAUAAACCAAAAGAUUUUAUAUCAUCUAGGAAGCUUAAUGAUGCUAACCAAGUUGAAAAAAGUGACUUUCUUAGAUUUGAAAAUACUGUACAUGAGCAUUUGUUAAACGAGAGAAGAAAUAAUGAUAAAAAUCGUAUAGGCGAUAAUUUCAAAGAAGAUAUAUCUAACCGACGUUUAACUACUGAUAAUAAUAAUUUAGAUGUACAUGAACGAUUGUUACUCAAAGAAAGAAACAGUAAUGAGGAUUUUGGAUCUUUAAAAACAAGGUUGGAGAAGCCCAUAAAUGAAAAUGAUCAUAACAUUAAUGCUGAUUUAAAAUAUAUUAACAGAAUACUUUCUAGAAAUCGAAAUGCGCUUGUGGAAUACGAUGACAGAUACAGAAAAAAAUUACGCGCUUUAGUUAACAAUGACAAUUUUGAUCAAAAUCUAAACAGGCGAGAUUCCAGAGUACCUGACUUGCGAGAUGAAAAAUAUGCAUAUAAAAACUACAAUGAAAUAAGGCAUAAAAAUUACUAUCCAAAUCAUUUGGACAGUGAGGGUCAAAUAGGUCACGACAGGCGAAAAUAUUACCAGGAAAAGAUAAAUUAUUUAGAACGAAAACUACAAAAAGCCAGAAGCCACCGACGUCACAACAAACCCGAUGGAGAUCGUCAGUUACGACCUGUUCAGCCUGAUAGACCAAUGCAACCAAAAACUCAAAAAAACGUUUUCUAUUUACCAGAAAGGGCCCGAAGUGUUCAUGGAUUUUAA